GGGGCUGCAGCUUCCUUCCUGACCUACUUCCCCGUGAGGCAGAAUUUUCUGCUGUGAAGCCAUUACCUAAGUGCCAGCAGAUCUAACCCACGAAGCCCAGAAAGAGAAGACCAUCAGGUUGGGUGAGGGUGGUCUUGUCCAGCUCAACCUCCUGGGACCUGAGGAAGGGGCCAACCUAGGUUGGACUGGCCCCCCUCCUGCAGACCCAUGGCGCACCGGCUACAGUUACGACUGCUGACGUGGGACGUGAAGGACACGCUGCUCAGGCUCCGCCACCCCGUGGGAGUGGAAUAUGCCACUAAGGCCCGGGCCCACGGGCUGGAGGUGGAAGCCACAGCCCUGGGACAGGCCUUCAGGCAGGCGUACAAGGCUCAGAGCCAGAGAUUCCCCAACUAUGGCCUGUGCCACGGCCUCACCUCCCGCCAGUGGUGGCUGGAUUUGGUCCAGCAGACCUUCUACCAGGCUGGUGUUCGGGAUGCCCAGGCUGUGGCCCCCAUCGCUGAGCAGCUGUAUAAGGACUUCAGCAGUCCUAGCACCUGGCAGGUGUUGGAGGGGGCUGAGGCCACCCUUAGGGGGUGCCGAAAACGAGGCCUGAGGCUGGCAGUGGUCUCCAACUUUGACCGACGACUAGAGGACAUCCUGAAAGGUGUUGGCCUGCGGGAACACUUUGACUUUGUGCUGACCUCUGAGGCUGCCGGCUGGCCCAAGCCCGACCCCCGUAUUUUCCAUGAGGCCUUGCACCUUGCUCAGGUGGAACCGGCGGUGGCAGCCCAUAUUGGGGACAGUUACCAAUGUGAUUACAAGGGAGCACGGGCUGUAGGCAUGCACAGCUUCCUGGUGGCUGGCCCUGAGCCUUUGGACCCUGCGGUCAAGGAUUCUGUACCCCAGGAACACUUUCUCCCCUCACUGUCCCUUCUCCUGCCUGCCCUUGACCACCUGGCGGGCUCCCCCGCAAGGCUUUGAGUCUCGUGAGGGAAGUGGCCGGGGUCAACAGACACUGGAGACAGGGAACCCUUUUCUUCCCAAGAUCUGGCCUUUGCCCCUCCCCCUGCAGCCUCUAUAACACGUUCUGACUGUAAAGCCUUGAGUGCGCCUUUCAGCCCUGCCCCACCAACCAGCUCCUGGUCUCUGAUUCAUUCAUCAAACCCGUGUCCCUUUUCCACUGCAAGUCCCCCUCACCUCCAACAAGAUUCAUGAGGGCCCAACUAGCUUCAA